UAUAGUCUUUCAAUGCAAAAUAUUGCAGCCCAGGCAGGUCACUACUAUUGUUCAUGACUGACUGAUGUUUCUGAAUAUGUGUCGCUUAGGUACAUCUAGGUCUGUGGGCCGUGACAGGUCAACUAGUCGUACAUCUAGGUCUGUGGGCCGUGACAGGUCAACUAGUCGUACAUCUAGGUCUGUGGGCCGUGACAGGUCAACUAGUCGUACAUCUAGGUCUGUGGGCCGUGACAAGUCAACUUGUGGUUUGUCAAGGUCCAGUUCUAUGAGCCGGGACAGUUCAAGUAGUCGUUCGUCCACGUCCGUGGGCCGGGACAGUUUAAGUAGUGUACCCAGGUCCCAGGCUGUGGAGAGCAAGUCCAUAGAUGGUCUUACACAUGAAAGUUCCAAAUACAAUAGGACUGUGCCAACCACAUUCCCGAUGUCAGAAGCGAAGUUCCAAAAAAUAGUACUCACAAAGCUGGUGACUCUGACUGAUGAAGUCAAAAAACUGCAGAGGAGCAUGCCUCACUCUGGAAUUGAAAUAACAAGGAUGGACACCUUGGAAGAGUUCCAGAGGGAGGAGGCUUCUCUUCAGGAAACAACUAAAUUUGAAACCUUGACCAGAUGGAUGCAUAUAAUUGUUAAAACUGGACCCCACUGGUUGAACUUUUUUCUCUGUAAAAGUGUGUGGAAUGCUUAAUAUCAGGCUUGAUGUAAUUUUACUUGAUUUGUGAUGUAAUAAGUCUUUCAUUGAAUUGAUUCGCAUACUCUAUUUUCAACUAUGUAUGUCUGCUGCAAGCUAAACCACAACAGAGGUGUUUGCAUUUAUGUACUAUACAUGUGGAUUUUUUUUCCUUUUGAUUGUAGCUGCUGUCAUGAAAUGGGAUAAGGCAGCAACAGAGGCCCAAAUAAAGUCUGCUGCAGCCGAUCAUCUUAAGCAUGCCCCCGGGAGAGUCGGGGGUGGUGGCUAUAAAUGAGUUUUUUACCUUAGCAGCCACAUUUAGUUAAUUGUUACUUUAGUGAUAUGUUGUACUCCAUAAUUUAUGUUAAAGUAUUAUAGUGGAAGUGUGUGAAUUGAUAUUUUUACUUUUCUGCCUUUUUAUGCUUUAUUGUGUUAUUUAUACUUUACUGUUCUCCCUGUUACGUUUUGGUCCAGCAGAACCACAUGGUAAUAAAAAUAUUGAGAAUGUAGGUCGGUCUGUCUGUCUGCAGUUUAAUGACACGAAAACCAUUAACAAUGUUUUUUCUCAGUGAGAACUAACUCACUGCCACGGUUUUUAAGUAAACAUUUUUUAAAGCAGGAUCUUUGGAAAUAUGCACAGUUGGGAGUUCAACUGUAUUUAUAAAAAUAGAAAUACUUAAUAUAUCAAUAUAUAAUUUGCU